UACAGUAGGUGGCGGUAUGCACCUUUUCAAGCCAUGGUUGCAACCCGCCAUUAAACUAAAAGAAGAAGAAGAAGAAAAAAAAGCGGAAGUUAGCAACGCUUCGAGACAAAGGGCGAAGACGACGAAGCGUAAUCCAGUGAAAAACGUUCAAAAUGCUGAAAGAGUUGGUGAAGGAGCGACUCAUGGCGGCGGCUGAUGAAAUAUUGGCGCUGUUUGAAGGAACUAUAGCGUCCUACGAGGAGGAACUUUUCCGAACGAGAGAGGAGAACGAGCGACAUCGGCGACAUCUGGAAGCUGCUAGCAAGAAUCAAAUUGUGCUACAACCCAAAGACGUCCAGCAGCUGAUCAGUGGUCAAAACGAAGGUCAGCCUCAAGGGGGAAGCUCCACGUCAAAGCAGGAGGAGCCGCAGCGCCCCCACGUUAAAGAGGAAGAAGAGCAACUCUGGACCACUCGGGAGGGAGAGUGUCUCCGACGGACGCAAGAGGCUGAUCUCACCACGUUUCCUCUGACUGUUGUGUCUGUGAUGAUUCAAGACCAUGAAGACAAACCGCCCGAGUCCUCACAUUGGUUUUGCCCUUCAGACGUCCAGCAACCGAUCGGUCGUCAAGAAAAAGGUCUCCCUCAGCCGCAGGCUCCACAGUCCCCGUGCGUUAAAGAGGAAGAGGAGGAACUCUGGAUCACUCAGGAGGGGGAGUGUCUUCUUGUGUCGGAUGAGGCUGAUCUCACCAAGUCGCCACUGACUGUUGUCACUCUGAAGAUCGAAGACCGUGAAGACAAACCACCCGAGUCCUCACAGCUUCAUCACAAGCCAAGUGAGGAGGACAGAGGGGCGGAGCUUCCAAACUACAUGACCGCAGAAAUCGAUGGAGACCACCGUGGAGGACCACGAGCAGACAAGCUCUUCGCUCCGCUGUCAGAUGGUGACGACGUAACGUCACACUCCCCCGAGGAUGAAGACGGGGACGGCACCCGAGAAGCUUUGAGCAGCGAUACAGACUGUGAAGGUGACAUGAGGACUCGCGCUGACGACAAACACUCUGAAUGCUCUAAAAGGAAGACAGGCGACAAACGUUUCAUCUGCCCGGUUUGUGCUAAAAGCUUUUCUGUUAAGAGUGAUUUUUCUCGGCACAUGAGAACGCACACGGGUGAAAAACCUUUCAGUUGCUCCGUUUGUGGCGAUAAAUUUGCUCUGAGGUCCACUUUGAAGAGGCACAUGACGACACACACAGGAGAAAAAUCCUUCAGUUGCUCCGUUUGUGGCGAUAAAUUUGCUCUCGGGUCCACGUUGAAGAGACACAUGACGACGCACACGGGAGAAAAACCUUUUAGUUGCUCAGUUUGCGGGGAUAAAUUUGCUCAGAGCUCCACUUUGAAGACGCACAUGACGACGCACACGGGAGAAAAACCCUUUCGUUGUUCAGUCUGCGGCGAGAGAUUUUCUCGAAAGCCGUAUUUUAUGAGACACAUGAGAACACACACUGGAGAUAAACCCUUCAGCUGCUCAGUUUGUGAGAAAAGAUUCUCCGAGAAAAGUAAUAUGGUAUCGCACAUGAGAACGCACACAGGAGAAAAACCUUUUAGCUGCUCAAUAUGUGGUGAUACCUUUUCUUGGAAGUCCUCUUUGAAUAGUCACCUGCAGAGUCACUGAUGGUUUACUGUGGACGUUAAAGCAGAGCUACAGAGGAGGACCAGCAGGGAUCUUCAAUCCAAUCCAAUCCACUUUAUUUAUAUAGCACAUUUUAUAAACACUGUUUCCAAAGUGCUGCACAGACUAGCAAAACCAUAAAUAAUAAGUAAAUAAAGGAAUGUAAAUAUAAAUAAUAAGUAAAAAUUACGACAAUAGAAAUUAAAAGAUCAAAUAAAAACAAAGAAACGUACUACAAUAAAAUAUUUAAAACAAGAAAUCGAAACAAUAAAAGCCAAAAGUCCAAGAAGUAGGUAAAAAAUAAAUAAUUUAAUUUAAUUUAAAAAAACUCAAAUAAAUAGAACCAAUAAAAACUUAAAAAAGAAUAAAAGACACAGAGGACCACACGACUCACGCCAAGUUAAAAGCCACAGAAUAAAAGUGGGUUUUAAGACGAGACUUAAAGCUUUCAAUUGUGGGGGCCGUUUUUACAUGAGGGGGGAGAGUGUUCCACAGCCUUCGGCCAACUACAGAAAAGGCCCGGUCUCCCCUGGUCUUAAGUCUGGUCUUAGGCACCACCAGUUGGAGCUGGCCUUCGGACCUCAAUGUGCGCGCUGGAUUGUAAAUUUGGAUGAGGUCCGAGAUGUACUGCAGGGCCAGUACAUCUAAAACGCACAGACAACCAGUGCAGGGAAGCUAAAAUUGGGUUAAUAUGCUCCCUCUUUUUGGUUGCUGUUAAAAGCCGUGCUGCAGAGUUCUGGACAAACUGUAAGCGAGAGAGUCAUUUAUGGCUUAUUCCAGAGUAAAGUGCAUUACAGUAGUCCAGAUGUGACGAGAUAAAAGCGUGCAUGGCUUGUUCAAAAUGUCGCAAUGAUAAAAAUGGUUUGACUUUGGAUAAAAGCCGAAGAUGAUAAAAACAAGAUUUUACAACGGCGUUGAUUUGUUUAUUAAGUUUAAAAUCACUAUCAAUGAUGACGCCAAGGCUGGUGGCUGUGGGACUGACUUGGUUCUUCAUGGGGCCCAAGUCCAAGAGGGGGUCAUUAUUAUUAAGGACGAUGACUUCUGUCUUCCCCUCAUUGAGCUUUAAAAAAUUUUGAGCCAACCAGACCUUGACGUCACUAAAGCACUCAAGAAGGGGUGUCAGGGGGGCAUGGUCAUUUCUUGUAAUUGGUAAGUAGAUCUGGCAGUCAUCUGCAUAAAAGUGAUAGGAGAUGCCAUGCUUUCUAAAAAUUGUGAUAAGUGGGAUUAGGUACAGAACAAAUAGGAUGGGCCCCAGGAUUGAUCCCUGGGGGACUCCACAUUCAAGGGGGGCAGUAGAUGAGGUGGAGUCACCAAGUCCCACAGUAAGGCAUCUCCCUGACAAGUAAGACCUAAACCAAUCAAGGGCAGUCCCCCUGACACCCACACAGUUUUCCAAGCGAGAUAAAAGAAUAGUGUGGUCCACUGUGUCAAAGGCAGCAGUCAGGUCUAAAAGCACUAAAAUGGAUGAACCACCAGUGUCAGUCAUUAAAAACAGGUCAUUAAAAACCUUUAAAAGUGCAGACUCACUGCUAUGAAAAGCCCUCUAACUUGACUGGAAGGUGUCUAAAAUCCCAUUUUCAUCUAAAAAAGGCUGCAUCUGUGCAAGAACACUUCUUUCUAAAAUCUUUGAGAUAAAAGGUAGUUUAGAAAUGGGCCGAUAAUUUGAUAAAAAUCGAAGGAUCAAGACCUGUUUUUUUAAGCAAAGGUUCAACAGCAGCCUUUUUACAAAAGGAAGGAACAAUACCAGAGGACAGGCUGCUGUUGAUGAUAUUGCACACAUAGGGGCCAAUAGUUGCCCACACCUUCCUUCAGUUUUAUGUACGUUUUGUAAUUGUUAGUCGGUGAAGUGAAAAUUCCAUGGUUGUAAUUGUUACAUUAUUGAGGAGUAGUGUUAUAAAAUGACU